AUGCGCUCCCUUAUCCAGUCUCUCUUUAUGUUCCAGGUGCUAGACGUCUCCAAUAACAAGCUCAGUGUUAUCCCCCUGGAGCUCGCUGACUGCCCCAAGCUGAAGGAGCUGAACCUGAAGGGAAACCCCUUGCAGGACAAGCGUCUGGAGAAAAUGGUCAACGGCUGUCAGACCAAGUCUAUCCUGGACUACCUGAGGUCGGGGGGGAGGGGCAAGGGCAAGACAGAGGGCAACGAGAGGAGCAAGAGGAAAAAGGCCGUGAAGAAGGAGGCCAUGGAAACGGACGGAGUCGAGGACCUGAACAAACUGGUGGUCCGGGUGCUGCACGUGUCCGAAAGCACUGCCGCCUCCUCCGUGCAGGUCAGGGUGACCGCCGAGGUGAAGGACGUCAGGCCCUACAUCGUGUGCUGUGUGGUGCAGGGGAUGAAGCUGAGGCCGGGGAACGCGCUGAAACGCUUUCUCACACUCCAGACCAAGCUGCACGAGGACAUCUGCCAGAAGAGAACACUGGCCACCAUCGCCACCCACGACCUGCGUCUGGUGAAGGGGCCGUUGCUGUAUGACGCCAGACCCAGCCACACCUUGAAGGUAAGCAAUGAUGACGAUCAUCCCACUGGGGCGAAGGAGGUGAAGGCGACUGAGCUGAUCCGGCAGCUCCAAGCCGAGGCCGAGGAGCAGAGAAAGCAGAAGAAACGACAGAACGUCUCUGGGCUCCACAAAUACCUGCAGUUACUCAACGGCAAAACAAACUACCCCUGUUUAGUGGACGCGGAGGAACACGUCAUCUCCUUCCCACCCAUCACCAACAGCGAUAAAACCAAGAUCCGCAAAGACACCAGUCAGCUGUUUGUUGAAGUCACCAGCUGCGCAAGCCUGCAGAUCUGCAAGGAAGUCAUGGACACCCUGAUUGUACGCAUGGCCGAACUGAAUAAAUUCACCUGUGAGAGUCAGGAGCAGGAAUCGGUGUCGGACGAGGAGAACCUGGAGGAGCCGGUCACUGAGCCCCCAGAGACCACCCCGGCCGGCCCUGAGCUGACGGUGAAACAAGUGCGUGUGGUAGACAACGAGGGUAACCUGAAGGUGGUUUAUCCGGCCAAAACCGACUUAAACGUGGACCUGAGUUACAUGACCAUCAUCCGGUAACCUCACUCGCUCACUCCUCCGUCCGCUGUUCCCGCCUUCAAGCUUCUCUGUCCUCCAGGUCCUCUUUGCUCGACUCCCAAAUUGUGCCAGCAAGGAACGUCCCGGCUCAGAGAUUAACCCUUUGUAGCCUCUCCAAAGGUACAUUGAGUGGGCCGGCGGGGAGGGGGAGGGGGAGAUAAAAGCUUCACAUAAAAUAUAAGCUGACAACCCAUCGAAGGGAAAACCUUUCCACUGCAGGACAGGAAUUGACUUCCUUUUUCUCAAAAAAAUUCAUCUCACCAUCCCGCUUAAAAGCAAAAUUCAAGUCCACGUUUCCCCGAGUUGAGGGGAAGACUCCCAAUACAUCAGUCGUUUCUGAUGCCUGUCGUUCUAUACUGUACUAACCCUCGCUGCUGCCCCAAAUCCAGCCACGAGAGGCGAAUGGCAGACCCGGGGAUGCCUCCCCUCCCAUCUCUCCCUCCCCACACGCCCUCCCCACUUCAGCUUUGCUGUUUGCCUCUCAUGACAGCUUGGGGUGUGAGCGAUCUCGAGCUCUGAUCUCAAAUCUUCCCCCUCCCCCAAAAAGACUUAAGCAUCUCUUAAUGUAACCUGCUGUUGAAAACUUGUGCCUGCAAAGUCUUUCCUGAAUAUACUUAAUUAUCUGAAUCGCUGAGAAAUGUGAAACAAUUAACACAGCAGCAGGAAGCUGUCUGGCUAAACAGUAGACAGAUAUACUGUAUUAUAGCUAUUUACCAGAGGCCUGUUUAGCACAAGGCAAUGCAUGAUAAAACCAAGGGAGGCUUCAGUGACCAUCCAAAUCUUAUUGGCUGUAAUAAAGCUCACACCCACAUGUCAGCUUUAUUUUUAGUGUCCGCUAUUUAUUUUCGCUGGAUUCAUAACUGAAACACGCUCUUAAAAAAAAGUGGCAAAUUUCUGCCCUUAUUCUCGCAGCAAGCUAUAAGCAAGUUUAUACGUUAAGUUGCCAAUUUCUGAAAUACUUUUAUCACGUCUGUCAAUAACACUCGGGUCUACCAUUUGGAUCAUUGCACAAAGCGUCUUAGACUGAAUGGUGAUUGCGAGGCUCUUAAAAGGAUGACUCAUGGAGCAACGCCAAUGGCUGUUGGAAUAAGACAGUGAUGUACAGGAACGAUGGGAAGGGAGUUGGCUGCGGGGGGGAAAUGAACUGUCUAAAGUUCCAAUACUGGAUAUGUUUGUACAUCUACAUCCAUACCUGUGUGGACUGUAUUACCAGAUGAAUAAACUACCAUUGAAACCA